CAGCCGCCGGGGAGGGGACUACACGCUGCCCACGUGCGGGGACUUGUGCGGGGGCGCCCUGCGAGUCACUCCCUCCCCGGGUUUCUGGCGGAGACUGGUUCGGGGAUGCCCGGCCCCCUCCGGACGUGGCGUGGGGAGUGCUGGAGAGGAAAGGAUCGAGGUGGGACUGGCCGGGCGGACCUCUGAUCCCCGGAGGCUGACUGCGCGGGCGGGGGCACAGGAGGGCGGCAGGCGCGUCCCCGCGCGAGCAGAGGGUACCCGAGGCAGGGGCCAAGAAACAAAGUUCCCGGGCUGCCUGCUGGGCUGUUGUGUGCUGGCUGCCCAUUGGGCCGCCCCCUCCUCGCCAAGGCCAUGGCUUCCAAACUCCUGCGCGCGGUCAUCCUCGGGCCGCCCGGCUCGGGCAAGGGCACCGUGUGCCAGAGGAUCGCCCAGAACUUUGGCCUCCAGCAUCUCUCCAGCGGCCACUUCUUGCGGGAGAACCUCAAGGCCAACACGGAAGUUGGGGACAAGGUGAAGCAGUACCUGGAAAAAGGUGUUUUGGUUCCUGAUCAGGUGAUCACAUGCCUAAUGAUGUCAGAACUGGAGAACAGGAGCGGCCAACACUGGCUACUAGAUGGUUUUCCGAGGACAUUAGUACAGGCUGAAGCCCUGGAUAAAAUCUGUGAUGUGGAUCUAGUGGUCAGUUUGAACAUUCCAUUUGAAACCCUUAAAGAUCGACUCAGCCGACGCUGGAUUCACCCUCCUAGCGGAAGGGUCUAUAACCUGGACUUCAACCCACCUCAUGUACAUGGGAUUGAUGAUGUCACUGGUGAGCCAUUAGUCCAAAAGGAAGAUGAUAAGCCUGAAGCAGUUGCUGCCAGGCUAAGGCGAUACAAAGACACAGCGAAGCCAGUCAUCGAACUCUACAAGAGCCGAGGAGUGCUUCACCAAUUUUCUGGGACGGAGACUAACAAAAUCUGGCCUUAUGUCUACACACUUUUCUCAAACAAGAUCACACCAAUUCAGUCCAAAGAAGCAUACUGAGCCUGCCCAGUGGAAGAACCAGGAGGACGUGGUCAUUCCCUCAUGUGUGUGUGUCUUUGUGUGUGUGUGUGAUAUUGGUGCCAUGUCCAAAUUAGAAGCUAGCGGAGAUAGCCUGCAGCUUUCCCAGUAAUGGUGACAAUGAUAGGAAAACUAGCAAGCAGAAAGAGUUCACGAAGAGGCCCUCCUCUGCCUUUGAAAAAAGGUGUCUUUGAACAUGUAAAGCCCUUCACAAGGAAACAAGUACAGAUUGGAUUUCGAGCAGUGUCUAAGCUGCUCGAGCUGGUAUUUGACAGCCACGAUGUUGCUGUGGUCUUUUUGCACGUGACAGUGGUGAUCUCUGGUCUUCCCACCUCCAAAGGCUGUUGAACCACAUCACCAGGAAGGCUGAGUAUGAUCGCUAAGGGCUCUAGCCCCAGCUUUGUCCCAGUUCUUUGCUGUGUGCUCCUGUGGUAACUAUUGAACUGAAGCCAAUUGCACUCAGUGGUUGCUUCUCCCUUGAGUGACUACCAUGCCCACAACUCAUUUUUUCUGGUAGGAAUAAUGACCUUUCUGUGUCCACACUCUGCACUCCCCCUUUCAGCCAUUCUGGCUUCUACUGGCUGUAUUUUCUUACAUCUGUUUCCUUUCUUCCCAGGCUGUCAAAUAAUAUAGGCAGUUACUACAUUUAUCCCUCCCAGAUUCCUCUUUCUAUGAACUGAGAGCUAGGGGAUUGUAUUGAAUCUCUUCAUACACUGGGAACUGAGCCAUGCAGAAGGUCUAGCUUUAAACAGCUCUUUUGGGGGCUCACUCUUUGUAUCUCUCAAAGUCUUUGAGAAUCCUCAAGAACUAUGGGAAAUACUAAUAGAAAUGCUGAAGGAUCAUAUCUUCUGUACAGGCAUAGUAAUAAAGCCAUAUGGAAUUACUGAAUUAAUUGAAUAGUUAAGUUUUUCACUCAAGAUGAAAUGAAAUGAAUUUUGAACAUGCUGCUGGAUGGUGUUGCCAACAGCGUUUUUCUUCCAUGUGGGACCCAAGCAGAUAAGAUUAAAGGGAGUGGGUUGAGGAUGUACUACAUGUACUUAGAUUGAAUGUGACAGCUUAUGAUUAUGGGAAAACAAGCCCCUUCCCCAUUCCAAAGAUGUAGGCUGUGGGGUGACCAUAAAGUCUAGCAUAAAGAUGCUAGUAUUUUAUCAUUGAUUAUACCAAUAAGCCAUUUGGUGAAAGCUUUUACUGGGUUUUAGACUUGGUGGCCACCUUGUAUAAUUCUUGCUAUCAUGGGAGGAAUGAUGGAAGUUAUUCCUGCUGUUUUAAAUGUUUGUAGCCCCCACUCCUGUAUCAUCCUGUCCCCAGGGAACAUUGUCACUAUUCCUGGAAGUGACUUCUAUCUAAUUUUUCAUAUUGGUGAAGGGGGUAAAAAUAAUCACUUUGUUUCAGCCUUUAAAUGGUAUGGAAACACAUCAUUUACUUUCUGAAGGGGUCCCCAUGAAUCCCGGCCGCUUUACUGCCGUACAUAUAUAUUCUAUAUGCUAACAAGUCUGUCUUCGUUAUAAUACUGCCCUAACUCUUGCUGGUUUUUCUUCUUCCUUUGUCCCUUCAGGUGACUUUCCUGUUUACCAUCUUAGUGGAAAUGCAGACCAGUGUUUUCCCCAUCUCCUCAGUCACAGAGAACUUGUUAGGUUUUUGUGAUGAAAAUGCCCAGUUCAGGUCUGUAAGUUGUCAGUGUGUUUUUUUAUAUCAAGUACUUCAGAAGAAUUGCAUUUGGAUGCCAGCUCAUGGGGAUGGAGUAGAAAUCAGAUAUGUAGAUAAAGCUCAGGUUUCCUGGGGAGCCAGGUAUAGAGGAAAACAAGUCUGAAAUAGGGGAAAUUUACACAGUUUAGAGUAAGUUUGGCCAUGGAGACCAUUUCCACAAAUGAUGAACAGUAGAGAGUUAAGUUAUUAUGGAUGAUUCAGAAGAGGAAAGUGUAUGUGUUUUGGGAAGUACAAAAAUCUUCAGAUGUCUUUCCUCACUUCUCCUCCCCUGUAGUCACUGCCUUUGGAACUUGGGAUAGAGGUAUGAGAAAAGGCCGGACCCCUGAUUGCCUAUGCUAGUUCUCCGUCCUUCCCUGUCUCCUCCUUUUGGCCAAGUAGAUGGUCACAGCCAGCAUCUGGUUCCUUAGUCUCAGCAGUGUCUGCUUUGCUGAGAUUGCUUAGGAGUUGAGGGUCCUUGGUUAGGUGAGUCCAGCAAGAGACAAACACCUUUUCAAUGGCUGUUGAAAGAUGAUGCUCUAACUGGGCGCUGGUGGCUCACAUCUGUAGUCCUAGUUACUCAGGAGGCAGAGAUCACGGUUAGAAGCCAGCCCUGGGCAAAUAGUUCAUGAGACCCUG